AUAGUGCAUGCAGGGUCGGGGAGGCCGGAUAUAGUGCAUGCAGGGUCCGGGGAUAUAGGCAUGCAGGGUCCGGGGAGGCCGGAUAUAGUGCAUGCAGGGUCCGGGGAGGCCGGAUAUAGUGCAUGCAGGGGUCCGGGGAGGCCGGAUAUAGUGCAUGCAGGGUCCGGGGAGACCAGGAUAUAGUGCAUGCAGGGUCCGGGGAGACCGGAUAUAGUGCAUGCAGGGUCCGGGGAGACCAGAUAUAGUGCAUGCAGGGUCCGGGGAGACCCGGAGAUAUAGUGCAUGCAGGGUCCGGGGAGACCGGAUAUAGUGCAUGCAGGGUCC